AUGUCUGUUGCACCCUUGCAUCGUGAGACUGCCUUCCAGGCACGAUCUUUGUUCCGCUCCCUUAUGCGUUAUUCUGGACAGUUUUCCAACUACAACUUUCGUGAAUACGCUCGCCGGAAGACAAGGGAUUCAUUCCGCGAGCACCAAAACACCACAGAGGAACGCAGGGUACAAGAACUGAUCCAAGAGGGGCUUCAAAGCUUACGCUUGCUGAAGAGACAAACUGUCAUCAGCCAGUUCUUCCAAUUGGAUAAGUUGGUGGUGGAAGGUCAGAAGACAGGAAAGGAAGCUGGGAACCAUGGAGGUAUUGUUCGCCAGAAGGACACUGGAGCUUCGCGCUCAGGGCGACACCUUGACGGUGCCCCGAACCGUACCCGAACCGGCCAAAUCGAUCACGAUGUCUUUGAGGGAUUGCCAGUACGUCGCUGGUCCCGACAGCAGCACACCUUAUCUCAAGCACCCAAGCCCGAUGACUCGGAAUUUGGUGUUCAAGGUCUAGGCGGAGGACCAACGCUACCAGAGCUCCCUAUGCCAAGAGACAGCCAGCUCUUGCCGCCAAUCAGUCGCGCACUCCUGCGGGCAGCCCGUGCCGGAUGUAUCCAUAUCCGCCAAGGCAGCCGAGCUGCCGAUGAUGAGGAGAAAAGCGUGGCAGAUGCAGAAGAGUCGGCUUCAGCAUCUCAUAUGGCCGAUCGGAGCUUCACAACCCGCAAAUGGAUGACGCUUCCCAAGCACCUCGAGCCUGCGGAGGUGGAGUUUCUGGCAAAGAGGCGGCCUGGUCUUUCAUCUCUUUAUGGUGCCACUGCUGGUACAGAUGGAGGCUCCGCUUCUGGGCCUAUGAGGAGGACGAAAUUCCAGAAAGUUGAUCCUGAAACAGGCAACAUCUCUAUCUACGAGGCGUGGGUGCCUGAGGGCCAUCGCAUUGAGGGAGAGGUUACUGGCGAUUUGCAGACGAUUGUCGAGCAGAGCCAAGUUCCUGUGAAGCCUGAGGCGCCUGCACCUGGAACAGUCGUCGAGGGGGUCGGUAUUGUCAAUGCUGAGGGUGUUGUUGUUGCGGAGGCUGGAUCAGCAGCUGUAAUGACACCCCCAAAGCGACGUCCACCUCCACCUAAACGAAAGGGCAAAGGCAUUGGAAAGGGCCGGAAGAAGAAGGUCAUGUUUGCGCCUGGCGAAGGAGCUGAUGCUGCGACGGUACAUGGAGUCGGUCCUGCUACCGGCAGUGGGGAGGGCAGCAUCAAGGAAGAAGGCCAGCAGGAUGUUUCACACAUGUCCAUUGACCAGGCUGGCCAAGACGAAGAUGAUGAAGACGGUGACGACGGCGAUGAGAGCGACGACGGUGACGACUCCAUGAUGGACGCGAAGACUCCUGAUACCCCCCAGCCUCUGUCUGGCACAGAGUUCGUGGAUCAGCCUUCAUUCGAAACUCCCGCUUCGCAAUCAGUUGAUAUCGAUAUGUCAGAUGCCGUUCCUGAGACUCAGCCUUCUGCCCGCGAGAUUUCUUUAACCGAAAAGGGGAUGCCUUCACAAAACCAGCCGAUCGAGUCAAGAGUAUCACAGGCUGAAAAGACCCCAGACAGGGAGUUCGGCCCCAUAGCUUCGCGUAUCGCCUCAGAGAAGGCUGGGGUCAACGAUUUGAAUGACAAAUCUGUCAUUUCGGAGUAUAACAAGACUCCCACUUCUUCUGCCAUAACAGCCGCAACAACAAAUGAAUUAAGCCAGCUUCCAGCUGCAGUUGGCGAAGCUCAAUACUCAGAUAUCAAGGCGCAGAGGGAAGAGGAAGGUAUAGAUCCGACGGCUGACCUUGCAUCAAGAGAAGGACCUGCUCUCGCAAGCCAGCAGGAAAACGCGACUGCUCUGCCACCUGUCAGCCCCGAAAAAUCCUCAGAAACCCCAGUAACACGACCUUCGACCGCACUACAGACACUUGAGCAUUCAGAGCCAGAGCAGACCGCGGUAUCGACAGAUGCCUUGGCAGAGACUCGGGAGCUUCAACGGAUUCCAAACGAGCCCAUUUCUCAUGCCGGCACACAAGAAAAGCUAUCGAGAACCAUCGAGCGCGAACAACCAAUCUCCUCCAACUCUUCUGGGCCCAGUCUACACUCAGACGAAGCAAAAGAUGUCGAGAUGGGAGAUGCCCCAGCACCGGAACAAACCCAAGGACUAGAUGUCCAGUCUUCCCCGAACCCAGACUUGCCUGGAGCACCACCAACCGCAGAGAAACCACAGUCCAAGCCCACUCCAGCGGACACUACAGCUGCUCUCGCAGGUCCCGGUCUACUAGAGAAACAAACGCUCGCCGCAGACGAAGGGACAGGAGCAGCAACCGAAGCAAGUGUCCCUACGCAAGGUGUCGUCACCGAAGCAGGGCUACAAGAAGAUUCUCGGUCUAGGGAAGCUGAAGCCAAUGACGAAUUCGAGCAACACGCAGGUCCGAUCCCCAAGGCUGGCUCGUCUUAG